GGUACCCAAACCCAUCGCCAACACAGACAUUUUGGGAGGUGUCGGAACAGGAGGACUCCCGGUACCGCGUUAUCCUUCUACAGGUUUCCGCGUGAUCCGGAAAGGAAGCAGCGCUGGAUUGCUGCUGUGAAUCGUAAGGGCUGGAUGCCAAACGAGGGCAGCAGACUCUGCAGUAACCACUUCAUUUCAGGUAAACAAGUGAAGAACCCUAGAUCUCCAGACUACGUCCCUUCGGUGUUCACGUCUGCGAUACUACCUUCAGAUAUUAAAGCUGCACAUGCAUUUGAGCCAUAUGACAAACAAGAAGCACAAGUUGAGGCUGCAAACGCUUUACUUUUUCUCCAAGGUCAGGGACGUUUUAACGAAGGCCGUGUAAACGACCGAUGUCCUUGCGAGCCUGAAAGCGCAUCCUCUUGUGUGAACAGUGAUGAUGAAAGAAAAGACGAGGAAGGGAUGGAAGAAAGCGAAAAUGAGAGCGAAGACGGAGAGCCCUCCGGAAACCGCUUCGCAAAGUCCAUCGUUUACGAGGCCAAAGUAAAUGCGCUGAAGAAAGAAAAUAUGAAACUGAAAGAGUCCUUAGAGAAGAUGUCUCUAACUGAAGCUUCAUUCAAGAAUGAUCCAGAAAAGGUUCAAUUCUACACAGGAUUGCCAAAUUAUUUUGUCUUUGAGACAGUAAUGUGGCUUCUUGUGCCGCAUAUGAAAGGGGACAAAAAUGCAAAGCUUUCAAAGUUCCAGCAGUUACUUUUGACUUUAAUGAGACUCAGGCUUGAUCUUAGGAAUCAGGACCUGGCUUAUCGUUUCGGAGUUAAAGUUUCCACAGUAACCAGGACUGUUCAUCGAAUCAUUAACCUAAUGUUUACCAUGCUGGUACCCACUGCUGUAUUCUGGCCGUCCAGAGUGGAGCUCCGGAAAAACUUGCCCGAAGCUGUGAAGUGUACGCAUCCAGACUGUGCUGUGAUCAUAGACUGCUUUUCAGUAUCCCUCGAAAAAGCAGUUAGUAUAGAUACACAUCGUCACACUUUCAGAGCAACAAGAGAGAUGACCACUCAUUCAUCACAGUCUGCGUUUGUCAGUGAACUCAAAUACGUGAUUGGUGUUGCCCCCCAGGGGGCGGUCAUGUUUGUCUCCAGAGGAGCACCAGGCAACAUUAGCGAUAAGACUCUAGUUGAGAGUUGUGGUCUCCUUCAUAAGCUUCUGCCUGGAGAUGUGGUUCUGGCAGAACGUGAUUUUGGCAUUAAGGACCUGGUGGGUGCUCACAGAGCUGAGCUCAUGGUCACUAACAGUGAACCUCAUGAGAUUGACCAGAAUAACAAGGACACAACAGAUGAGGCUUCACUGGCUGCUACAGAAAGACUUCAUGUGAAUAAGCAUGUGGAGCGGGUAAUACAAAUGGCCAAAAAGAGAUAUUCUAUGCUGACUGGACCAGUAGAGAGUGCUUUCACAGUCAUAGAUCGAAGCACCAAUGUGACCACUUUUGACAAGAUGGUACAGGUUGCAUGUGCCUUAAAUAACCUGUGUAUUUCUGCUGUUCCACUUGACUGACAUGCAUCCUAGAAUAUGAAAAACAUCAGGAGGAUACAUAACACUACUCAAGGGAUCACAAUUAACAGGCUUUUAUGCUUAUGGAAACACAGAUAAUGUAACCAUUUCAAGUAUUUCUGUUCAUAAUGAGCCUCUGGUUUUAUCAUGUGACACGAUAUGGAAAGGUGAUGGCUGCACAUUGCAUGAAAAGCCUAACUUGUCAUCUAUCUACACCACUACCUAAAUAUGAACCUUUAGCAGCUGGCACAUGGAAAACCGUGAAAAUAUGUAUUCUCUAAAUAGAAUAUGUCCUGUAGUUUCUGCCAACAAAAUGCACCUAAGAUUAAAUCCAGCCACUGAA